AAGAUGGCGUUUAGGGUCAAUACGGUAGUUGCACGGUUUUUCUGUUGAACCCCAGGUGAGAGAGAGACACAAAACCCCACGCGAAAACCCUUUCAAUUUAAGAUCAUUUUCAGUCGCCUUCAUUUCCACUCUGUAAGUUACAAAACCUAGAUACAAAAGAGAGAAAGCGAGCAAGGGGAAACCUACUAUGUCAUUUGCAACAUCUAGGGUUUUCAAGGGUUGCAGAGCCCUCUUAGCCCCAGCUAAGUCUGCUGCCGCUGCAAAAACUUCUAGUGCAAAAACCGCCGCUACCAAGGCGGCACCAGCUAAGCCCAAGACAAAACCGGAAAAACCACUUCAGCCCGCUGGAAUAUUGAAGGUCACUCCUGUCUCCCCAGCUCUCCGCGACUUUCUGGGUGUUCCUGAAUCUUCUCGCACUGAUGCCGUCAAAAAGAUCUGGAUACACAUCAAGCAAAAUAACUUGCAGAACCCAACAAAUAAGAAGGAGAUCUUUUGUGAUGAAAAGCUGAAGGCCAUUUUUGAUGGAAAAGAGAAGGUUGGAUUUCUGGAGAUAGGCAAGUUGUUAACCCGCCACUUUGUGAAGACUGGUUAACAUGCGAUGCCAAUUGGAUUUCUGGCUCGACCGUCUCUGGAGCAAGCUUUUAACUACGAAUUUUCAAUCCUUCAAUGUGAUGUUAUGUUAAUAUCUGAUUUUGUUUAAGAGCCAAGCUUCUAUGUAUCUUGUUGUGAUUUGACAAAUCUUUAGUUGGGACAUGAUGUGAAAAUUGGCUAAGAAAAAAGGGUUGGAAUUUCAACAUGCUUUUUAUUAUUUCCUAAA